UCCAGGUCCAGCCAGCUCCCACAAACAAUCUCCAAGCUUCAGAAAUAACCACCUUCAAGCUGAAGACUCCACUGUUCCUCCAAGCUUCAGAAAACACCAUCUGUUCGCUGAAGACUCUGCUGUAAAGCCCAGAUUCCAUCGUUGGAGUUAAGUGAGGAUCAUGGGUUUUUGUGAUUUCAGUUUGUUGUGCUGUUUGAGAAUUCUGGAGGCUGUGUUUUGUGGUUUGGCGUUGCUAAUCCCCAUGUUCCGGGGCUCCAUGAGUAACCCCUUUGGCAUUUGGUGUGAGUUCGUGUGGACGUUUGGUCUGAUCGUUGCUCUGGUCAUUUUUCUGCUGGAGAAGUUCCUGAUUGAUAAGUUGGUGGAGAUGAUCGUAUUGAAGCACUCCUGGGGCGAUUUAGCUUGUGGACUUUCCCUCCAAGCUUCAGCCAUGCUGCUGUCAGCCUCCGUCAUCUACUGCUUCGUUUUCGUUUGUGGAGACCUCGCCUGCGUGGGGGACAUUUUCUGUGCCAUUUUCUCCAUAAUAGCCUUCAUCUUCUACACGGUGGAAGCCGUCAUGGCCAAGCUCAAGUGUCCAAGCGGCUAUUUGUCAAACUUGAGAGGACUUUUGCGUUUCGCUCAAGCUUUUGUCGCCUGCAUCCUUUUGGCCACGGUAACUGACUACUUCAUGGGGGUGGAGAGCCACUACAGACCGCCGGCCAUGGUGUGGUGCACUGUGGUCUAUGUAGUCUGCUUCCCAGUGUCUGUGCUGAUCAUCCUGAUCCACAUCAUCAAACUGCUGGGGGGAUUGCUCUGCUUUGCGCUGGACAAACUGGAGGUCAUCUUCAACAUCAUCGCAGUGGCGCUCUAUGUGUCUGCUGCCAUUUUCUGGCCAAUCUAUGCGUAUAAAAAUUACCAUCGUGGCCCGGCACACGGGAACCGGAUGCAUGACCGGCGCUAUCAUGACCUGAACAUAGUUACAGUCCUGACUUACGUGAAUUUGGGCUUGUAUGUGGCGGACCUGGUUUUGUCACUGAUUUCUCUUUAUAAGCGAAUCUAAAGACCAUUACGUCACCCUGGAUAUUUAAGAAGAGAUGCUUUAGAGAUCCUGUGGAUGGGAGAGAUGCUACACUGCCCACCGAAAGGUUGGGGAUACUGAGCUUUUCAGAAUGUUUUAAUACAAAUUAUCAUGUUUUCUUUGUUGUUUUGCAGUAAUUCACUUUUUUAAAGCCUAAGCAGGUUUAUUUUAGAGAAUGGGUUCACAAACGUUUUAAUGCCAGAAAUACAAUUUGACCCAAGAGACACCAAAUAUUUAGUGAAGCCUGUAUGUUCUCAGUCCAUUCUUGCUGAAUAUUACUUUUCUUACACUCAAACAAAUUCUGUGUUAAUAAUUUACCAGUUUGGGUCAUUUCUGUAACUGGGUUACAGGAAUAAACUGACUGGUUUAUAAGAUUAAC